AUGCAAAUCUUUGAAGGUAUUCUUGACACAGCAUCUAAUCAUAUUUUCUUGGUUAUUUCAUUGUUGAUUUUGCUUGUGAUUCUGAUUUGGCUAAAAGCAAUCUAAGUAAAUGAGAUGAAAUUAUACCAUGAUUUGGAAUCGACACAUUUAUUCCCAGCUCUAUAAAAUUAAAACUUUAGAGUGCUUAAGUACAAAUAAUCCUACUUGCUCUUCCAUAGAUUAUUACAAAGUUUGUUUCAUGCAUUAUUUGAAAGAUGUUUUCGAGAUUCUAGCAUUCGAUUUAUUAAUGAGAUAUUUGAGUUUAGAGAGGGUGGGACAGUUGCUAUUGAUUGGGUCAAUGUGCUGCCAAGCAUGGAUGAUCAUAAACCAUUGCUCAUAAUAAGUCCUGGAUUUAGUGGAGAUAAAACCUCUGCUUACAUGUAUUGCAUUUACAAAAAGGCAAUUAAUGAUGGAUAUUAUCCAGUAGUUAUUAGUUUUGAGGGAUCAUCUGGUAGACCAUUAAGUGUAAUAUUAACAUUAUCUUUUAAAUAUUUAUAGCAUCCAAGAAUUUAUAAAGGUUGGAGUGGAGAAGAUAUUCAAGAACCCUUAGAGUAUAUUUACGAGAGGUACUGUAUUGAUUAAAAAGGUGAAAGAAUAAGACAGGUCUUUUUCUUAGCAAUAUCAUUUUCAGGAACAAUUCUCACUCAUUAUUUGGGAAAAGAGGGCAGUGAACAUAAAAUUAUCACAGCUGCUGCAUCUGUUGGUACCUAACAGAGAUAAUGGAUUAGUAAUAUUACACUCAAAAAGUCAUUUUGUGGUUAAACUAAAAAGAUCUUUGGACUUUAACUCAGAAGUAUAUUUGCGGAGAAUGUUGAUAUGCUAUAAGAUCAUUUUGAGACAGAGCACAAUAUUGACCUUCCCUAUUAUAUAUAAUAAAACAGAGGUAUAGAUUAAUACACUCUUUUGAUUGCUAAAAUGAAUGGCUUUGAAGAUAUGGAUGAAUAUUACUAUAGAGUAUCAAUGAUUCAUUCAAUUCCAAAAGUUAGAGUGCCUAUGUUUUACAUAUACGCUAGGGAUGAUCCAGUUAUUGGUUAUGAUCAUAUUGAUUUUGAGGCUUGCUAAUAAAAUCCCUAUGUACUAGUAGGAUUAACAAAAAGAGGAGCACACGUCUGUCAUGUUGAAUCAGUUAUUAAGCCAUCUAUGUGGUUCGCUAAACCAGCUAUUGAAUUUCUAAAUUCCUUUAGAGUUGAUUACUGA